UCCUAAAGAUUCCUAAUCGUGGUGCAGCAGCCAGCCAGCAAGCCCAGGGCCACAUUAGGUCCCUCCACCUCUUCCCCAGCCCCUAGCCAGGGCUGCCAUGGCCUCCCUGUUCUCUGGUCGAGUCCUGAUCCGAAACAACAGUGACCAGGACGAGCUGGAUACGGAGGCAGAGCUCAGCCGCAGGCUGGACAACCGACUGGUGCUGCUAUUCUUCGGUGCUGGGUCAUGCCCCCAGUGCCAGGCCUUUGCACCUGUCCUGAGGGACUUCUUCAUUCAGCUCACGGAUGAGUUCUACGUGCUGCGGGCAGCCCAGCUGGCCCUGGUGUAUGUGUCUCAGGACACCACGGAGGAACAACAGGAUCUGUUUCUCAGGGAUAUGCCCAAGAAGUGGCUCUUCCUGCCCUUUGAGGAUGACCUGAGGAGGGACCUCGGACGCCAGUUCUCCGUAGAGCGGCUCCCGGCCGUCGUCGUGCUCAAGCCGAGCGGGGACGUGCUCACGCUCGACGGGGCCGACGAGAUCCGGCGCCUGGGCCCCGCCUGCUUCGCCAACUGGCAGGAGGCGGCCGAGGUGCUGGACCGCAGCUUCCUGCAGCCCGAGGACCUGGACGACCCAGCGCCGCGCAGCCUCACCGAGCCGCUGCGCCGCCGCAAGUACCGCGUGGAACGCGCGGCGCGGGGCGCACCAGGCCGGGGUGGAGGGGUGGAGCCCCGGGCGGAGGUCGAAGCGGCAGGCGGGGCAGGGGAACUGUUCUGACCCCGGGUGGGAGAGAACAGCUGGACUGGGGGGGGCGGGUCUAUGGUUGCGCCCUUUCCCACUUGGUGGCCGGCCGGGGCGGGGGCCAUUCUGAGCCCCACAAGACGGAGGGCUGGCAGGCGCAAGUGAAUCAAAGAUGAGCCCCCCACCCCGGGGUUGCAGGGGAGGGGCAGCGAGGGGACCGACCACUCGGAGUUCCCGCCAGAGCGAGGAGGCGGGUGGGGCGGGGCAGUGGAAGAGCUGUUUCGAGUUUCCCCGGAUGCGGGAAACGGCGAACGGCCAGGAGUGGGAAGGGUCUGAGGCCCAACCCCUGGAUGGGACGGGGUUUUGAUGAAACUCCUGGGAGAACAGGGGCGGGAACUGGAGAAAUCUGUUCUAACCCCCCAGGCCUCGCCCCGCAGGUGAAGGGUGGGGCCUAGGGUGCAGCAGGGGUCCCUCAGUGAGAUGCCCUCACCCAAUAGGGGGCGGACCCAGGGCCUGCCCUGGUCCUCCAGGCGCGCGUCUGAGCCUUCUGGCCAGGGCCUCCAGAAAUAUUUUUAAGACCUGGGUGAGGUGGAAUGGUAACUGGUUCCAAACUGGGAAAAUGCAAAUAAAAUCGAAUAACCGUGCUGUGAAUGAUCAGCCCCUCUUACAAUAAAGAGCUUUCCAUACAUUUCAUGCACAAGAUUACAACGAUCCUUCAGAGUUUAUACGGGAUGUGUUUCAAAACUUAGAGCCGUGGAUGCUGGGGUCAAGGACCGCCACCCAAGGCCAGGAAUUGCCUCAUCCCUGGUGAAUCCUGUGUAUUCCCGAAGAGGUGGCAGAAUAGAGAGAUCAAAAAUCAAAACUCCAAACAACGAAUGCAUGAAUAAGUGGAUUAGCAAAUGAUGUUCCUCU